AAGAGAGCCAGCAGGCACAUUCAAUCAGCAAUCCAAAAUAGCAUAAGGGUGGUGGUUCCACACCAGCGUGAGCUUCUGAAGCUCUUUUCUUUCACUACUAUCUUUCUUAACCCAGUUCAACUUUGACACCAAACACUGUGGGAAAGGUAGAGGGCUUCAGGACAUAGCUCCAAACAUACAAAAGGAGAGGACUGUAAGGACAUCAGCAAGGAACCUUGAAGUUCAGCCAUUUCUAAAACCAACCGAAGGACCUCAGGUUACGCAUUUUGAGGACUGACCUCCGUUCACUUCACAGAAGAGUAAAGAGUGGGAUGAAGUUGAGCGUGGCAUUGUUUUUCGCCGGGCUCUUUGGUGCCCUGGCAGCAGUCUUCAUUCUCCUGUCCUUCGGUACAGAUUACUGGCUUCUGGCUUCGGAGUGGUGCCAAAAGGGUAAUGAUGUUUCGGAACAUGUAAAGCGAGGUGGUGUGCUGUUGAACGCGCCUGAAGAUGAAGGAAACAAUUCCACAUAUUACCAUGAAGGCCUGUUCUGGAGGUGCUCCUUUAAAGGCCAAGUGGACGAGGACAGCAUGUUAAAGUUUUGGUUCACAAACCAGCCACACUCUAAGCAGUGCAUCCAUGCCUACCUCUUCCCCUUUCCUGUAUCUGAGCAGACCCACAAUGCAACCACCUAUGACUCUGCCAUCAUCUUCAGAGGCUUCUGGAGCGUCUUUGUGUUACUGGGCGUGGCUGCCGUCAUACUUGCUGGCUUUGUCAUCAUCUGCGCUGCUCCAUUUGCCAGUCACUGCCUCUACAAAACAGGUGGUGCACUGUUCCUCAUAGCUGGGUUCUUCCUGCUGGCUGCCACUGUGAUGUAUGUGAUCUGGUUGGAGCUGAUGGAUGUGGUUGAUAUGUAUGCAGCUUACCAAGUGGCUCAUCUGUGUCCAAGCUUUCAGCUAAACCUCUGCUAUGGCCUGUCCUUCAUAUUUGCUCCAGUGGGUGUGUUUUUCUGUUUGCUUGCUGGCCUCCUCUUUCUCCUGAUUGGUCGAUCAGUGAAGAACUAUCAAUAAAAUCCUUGAAAAAUGAAAAUGAAAAACGGAGAGGAACUGGAGAGACAUACAUAUGUGAUAUGGCUAUAUGUGUGUGGUAACUGUAAGACAGAAAGGGAUGGAAGCACAGUGAGGAUAAAGGAGUUUGAAUAAAGGGAUGAGAGGAAAGGAGCUGUUUGUGCAGCUUGCAAUGAUCUAUGAGUAAUCACAGGAUGGCAAGCGUGUUUUUGUGGGGUUGCCUGAGAUCCUGUUUACACCUGGUCACUUAAUAUCAGUCACUUACAUGCAUUUACACUGAAAUCAUAUUGUUGUGUGGGAUGGAAUAUUCAAAUAUAUUUGUUUCAUGCCAGUUAUUACUGGUGUUUCAGUACUGAUGGUGGUUUGAGUGACUGGAUCAGUACCUAGUUUUAAAUGUACUUAAGGGCAGUGACAUGAUCCUAUCUAUAUAUAAUCCUGAUACUCAA